AUGCCCAAUACCCUACCAUCAAUUCGGGCCCUUCAUAACUAUGAGUUAUUCCAGCUCAAGCUAGUCCACAAGAAGAAGCCUGCAAUAGUAGUCGCUGCGUUGACCCAAACCGCUAUCAAUCUUGGCGUUCGAUUCGAUUUCACUCGUGCCGAUUAUCAGUUUAAUAUUUCAAAUAUCCUCGGCAUUGAAAACGGAGCGUGGACCGAAGGAACCGAUUUCGAUACAAGCAUCGACAAUAUCAGCGUCUCACUGGAUCUGAGUGAUAGAGAAAACAGAUGUUUGGUCGCUACUAUCCCAGGCUCUCCAGAUAAGCCGUUGAGGUACAACCUAGAUGAAGUCCUUUGGCUUGUUGACUAUUAUCACCCGCAAGCAAGGGAGACGUACUUUCGGUUAGGACUUAAACCAAAGAGCACACCGAAGAGGUCGCUUGUAUUGUGUUUCGAUGGAACAUCCAAUCAAUUCAGUAACCGGAACACCAAUGUCGUAAAGAUUUUCGAACUUCUCAAAAAGGAUGACCCUGACCGACAAAUGGUCUACUACCAGACCGGAGUCGGUACCUAUACGUCUUCCGCUUGGAAGAGUUCCUUUUCUCAAAGCAUUGCUAAGUUCGCGGAUCUAGCUGUGGCAUGGUAUCUCUAUCAGCAUGUCAUUGAUGGUUACAAGUUCCUCGUCGAGUCUUAUCGAGACGGAGAUAAGAUUUACAUAUUUGGAUUUUCUCGCGGAGCUUAUACUGCCCGUGCCUUGGCAGGGAUGGUGCAUUGUGUCGGACUCUUACCACGACAUAACGUCGAGCAUAUCCCAUUCGCAUACGAGGUAUACGCAAGCCAAGAGUCUAGCCUAGUAAUGAAAGCCACCCCGACCCCCAAGCCUAGUCUCAGCUCACAAGCGGAUGAAAAGUCGCUUGGCGAAGCUGAUUCAUACAAAUUACAGGCUGAUAUUGAAAUAUCUGAACAUGUAGUGAAAGAGAACGUGGAACUAAUUGGCGACCCACCAGAAGUCCCUUGCCCGAAUUUCGUUGCCAGACCUGAGUUUCCGCUUCACGUUUCUUAUGGUGCACUGGGCACAGAGGCGGUUUUUCAAUCGAAUUACAAAGAUGCAGAAGCAUACAAGCAAGUCUUUUGCACGCCAGUGCAAAUAGACUUUGUUGGCGUAUGGGAUACAGUAGGAAGUGUUGGCAAGUAUCAAAGUGCGGCUACGAACCAAAUCUUGCCAUUCAUUGAACAUAACCCUAGCAUACGGGUUUUUCGACAUGCGUUGGCGCUAGACGAGCAUCGUGCAAACUACACUCCGCUCCUGUGGGAUCAUUCAAAGACGAUCAAGGGACAAGACAUUCGUGAAGUCUGGUUCCGUGGGGAACACUCGGACGUGGGUGGUGGUGCCCCGCCACUUCUAACUUCGGCUGUAUACAAGGGCGAGAGCGAUUACAUGUACAAAUUUUCUGCCCUCAGCAACAUUUCACUACGGUGGAUGGUCCAACAGUGCCUCGAAAAUCCAGCCACAUCUUCCAUCGCAUUCGACGUUCUUGCUAUGAAGGCAUAUCGCCAUUUUAGGGUUCUUGAAUAUCGUCAUACCCAAGAUGCCAAGGAAUUGCGCACGCACAGGGAGAAAGUGAAGGAAGCUGUGUUAAUGGCGGAUGAACAAGGGACCAUAUUGGCACGGCAAAAAUUCACAAAAGUUGUGCAGCGACAUCGCAAGUGGCUUUACGACAGAUCAUCCAUCAUUGACAAGAUCGAGAUCAAGCAUAACAUAUCCCAGGCUGUUGGGUUGUUUUCUCUUUGGAAGAUUCUCGAAAUUGCUCCAAUAAAGCGACCACGCCAAACCAAAGAAGGACAGAUCAUGAGCAGGAUACCAAACUUUGGUGGUCCUCGUGUUAUAUACCGACGUAACUCCGAGUCUGAAGAGCCGGUCUUCAUUCAUGCAUCGGUUAUUGAUUUCAUGGCUACCGACAAGUCGGAAUAUCGUCCAAAGGCGAUGUGGUAUGGGUAUAAGGACGACCAAUUGCCUAAAAUCGAAAGCUUUGAGAAUAAUGUGAUGCCUUGGCCCAAGUCUAAGGAUCAAAAGGAUAAGGUAGUCAAAAGAAUGAAUAUAAGAUGGGAACCCAUGUCGUGGACGGAGUGGCUACUUGAUCGCGCCCAGUCAUUUGGGCUAAAUUUUGUACGACUGAGUAAUAUGGGGAUGUUUGAGUAG